UGGCUACAGCCCGAAACAUAUUUACCAGGGUUCAGCGUCUAGUAACUAUCGAUGACGAAUGUCUUAAGUACGCCAGAGAAGGGACCAGCCUAAUGUGUCAGAUUGAAAGAGAAGGACCGGGAUCCAAAAUGGAAGGGGGGCGCACAAGGAUCAGCGCACCAUCAGGCACUCCAGAGUUUAUUUUCGCCGGCCCUCUCGCGCUCGAGACGCUCUACUUCUGCCUUUCGUUGGCCAGUCUGUUGUUUCUCAGCUUGUCGCAUGGUCCAAGGCAAGAAGUGAAGUGCUUUGCCUCGUGUCCGUGCAGCGUUUCUUCAUGCACGCUGGCUCACCAGGGCGAUAUCACGGCUCACAGCCACUUUGCGCCCAGCGCCAGAGUGGCAGAUUGAGACAUGGGCGCUCAAGGAAGCAAAAGUAAGCUCGUGCGACACAAACGUUGGCCGGUGGCGCAUCCCAGAGCAUGGCAGUCCAUCAGCGCUUCCGGGAGAUGAACACGUUUCAUCAAGCACUAGGAAGAUGUCGUCAGAUCCAGGAGGUGUGCAUAUGCAGGAGUCGUUGUAGAAUAUCAGUCAGUAAGCGGGAGGUCGUUAGAAUCCAACGAGACGCAUCGUUUCGCAAGGGCGAGAGCAGACUCAGAUACGCCCGUCGUAAUUGGUCACAUGCGGUGUAAUGCGAUCGUCCUGGAUCUUGUGGCUCUUCUUAAAGUCGUACUGUCACAACCGACCCGAUGUCUUGUCAGGCAGUCGAGAAAUCUUCAUGACCUCGACCGAGAGCAACAUCAGAUAGACGGCCUUCUUUACCAUGGAUGCAUCGUACGCCCAUCCUGAGAGUGAUGCUGUCCGCAUCUAAAUGGAAUCGGUCGUUCACGAAUCACAUACACUUUUC